UCGACGAACAACAACCUCACACCAUGGAAGCAGGCAGCAUGCUAGCGGCGCCAUCGAACGCACAAGCCCGAUAUGAGGAACUCUGGCGCAAGGCUUCGGCCAAAGUCCGUGCUGCAACCUGCACUAUCAACACCCGACAACCGCGCUGCCAUUUUAACAGCUUUUCCGACAGCAAUUGGGGAACAGGCACACUGGUACACAACAAGGAGGAGGCACUUCUACUUACAGCAAAUCAUAUCGUGCUCGACGGCUUGUGUGAAGCUGUUUGCGUAUUCGAAGAUAUGAUCGAAUAUCCGGUCUUACUCGAAUACGCAGCUCCGGACCACGACUAUGCUUUCCUCAGAAUUCAGCCUGGAAAGAGCACCGAGGAUGACUCACACUGGAAAGCUCGAUUUCCAGCUGCCAUACGUCUGAACCCAUCCGGAGCAUUUCCAGAUUGCGAAAUCCGGCGAAUCAGCAACGCUCGUCGUGGUAGUUUCACUGUCACGUCGGGGACCCUGAGUCGAACAGCUUGCAAUCCACCCCAAAAUGAUGACGGCCCACUUGACAUCAAUAUGGAUUAUAUCUCUGCACAUGCAACUGCAGGUGCAGGUAGCUCAGGUGGCCUUGCCUUCAACAUCAAUGGCGAAGGUGUCGCAAUGAUCGCAUGUAACUUGCUUCCACAUCACGAAUAUUACGAGCUCGGAUUAGACCAUAAAACGAUCGAGGAUUUCCGCGAAACGGAGGCUUCCCACUGCAUCAUAGUCUGGUCAAUCUUGCCAGAUUCUCCACUGGCUAGCUCUGUCAGCGCAGGAGAUAUCCUUCUAGAGAUGAACGGGAGCAAAAUGACCGCCCUCCGCAACUUCGAGGAUCACCUGAAUGCUCAUGUUGGCCGAGACGUCCACUGCAAGAUCUGGAGGACGCGCAAAAGUCAGCUGAUGUCGGUCUCUGCCACCGUGCAAGAUCUUUACGAACUCAAUCCGAAACACGUCCUCGGCAUCGGCCUCACGACUUUCCGCUCUAUUCCUAUCGUGAAGGCUUUUGGUUUCAAUGCUGCAGUAAAAGGCGUCUGUGUCUCAGAUUCUGCUGUCAUACCGUUCAGGCGGGGCAGACUAUUGACUGUAAACGAGCACCCCAUACACGACGUUGGGGAUGUGGUCAACCACCUCGGCAGCUAUCAAGGCCAGCUAGCGCUCACGCAAAAGCCUUUCGCCAGCCGCGGAGAUUCAUACUUCUGUCCUGGUUACCUCUUUGCCAGAAACCAGAAUGGGGCUGUCGAUUUCGAACUCACCAGGCACAAAAGCGGUCCAUGGACGUUCAGACGGAUUCAUCAGCGCGUGAUGUCAUACACGCAUAUGAACUCGAGCAUGGCACGUCCUUCCGGCCUUGGCAACUGCUCAAUAUUUUCACUGUUCUUUGGAUCCCAAAGAACAAUUCUUUUUCUGCUAUGGCCCGGGUUCUGAAGCAUGUCACUCUGUGCGAUAGCCCCGAGCGAGAGCAUUAGGAGAACGUGGAGGAAGGAGCGAAGGUCGGAUUUCAUUGCGAAGCGUGAUCUCUGUAAGCACAGCCGAC